AUGGAUGCAGUUGUCAUGGAGACGGAAGAGGCUCAAGCACGGGUUGGUGGCGGCGGGGUUGCCAUGGCGAUGGCGACGGGUGCUGCUCUUCCCGCAGCCGAGCGGCUCGGACAGCAGCACUACGCGCUGAUCGUGAUCGGGGAGCUGUCGGGAGAGCAUCAGCUGGAGAAGGUGAAGGAUCGCAUAAAGCAGGGGCUUCACUCGUGGCCUGUGGAUCUGAGCGUCUGUGAUCUGAACCAGGAGCUGCAGCUCUUCGAGACCAAGCACUCCGCUCAGUUCUCCUCAGAGGUCAAAGGACAGAGACUUCUGCAAUACAAGAGUGAUGUCCUGGAGACAGUCGUUCUGGUGAAUCCAUCUGCGGACAACAUUGCUAUAGAGAUCAGAACACUACUCUGUGACUCAGCCAAACACAAGCUACUGAUUCUGAGUGGUCAAAGCACUGAACAAGGUGGUGACAUCAUCCUACAAAAGGGCGUAUUUAACUGGAAGAGCUUCUCUGAUAUCAUCACAAGCCAAAGAGUUAAAAACUUCCUGAGACAGUCAGGUCCUGCAGAGCAGGCGUGUCUGACUGUGUGCUGUCCAGCAGAGGGGGCCUGGAGCUCCCUGGAGCUCAACCAGGAGCAGUACCUGUUAGACAUACGACUGAACCCUGAGCCUGUCCUGCCUGAGAUGGAGGGAGUGGCAGAGUUUACGGAGUAUGUCUCGGAGACGGUGGACGUUCCUUCACCAUUUGAGCUGCUGGAGCCACCCACCUCUGGGGGCUUCCUGAAGCUGUCUAAACCAUGCUGCUACAUUUUCCCUGGAGGCAGAGGAGACUCAGCACUGUUUGCGGUCAACGGCUUCAACAUUCUGAUCGAUGGCGGUUCAGACCGAAAGUCUUGCUUCUGGAAGCUGGUGCGACACUUGGAUCGGAUAGAUUCCGUACUCCUCACCCACAUCGGAGCAGACAAUAUCCCUGGGAUUAAUGGACUGUUGCAGAGGAAAAUCGCAGAGCAAGAAGAGGAACAGUCCCAAGGCUCCAAUGCCUAUGGAGAAUGGAUGAAAAACCUGAUCUCACCCGAGCUUGGUGUAGUGUUCUUCAAUGUUCCAGACAAGCUAAAGACAUCAGAACCAACCCUGAAAGUGAAGAGGAGUAUUGAGGAGGCCUCUCUGACUUUGCAGUACCUCAGCAAACUGGGGAUCAGACCAGAACCUCUGUAUCGAGUUGUUAGCAACACCAUUGAGCCGGUCACACUUUUUCACAAGUUGGGAGUCGGCAAGUUAGACAUGUACAUUCUAAACCCUGUCAAGGACAGUAAGGAAAUGCAGUUCUUUAUGCAGAAGUGGGCGGGCAACAGUAAGGCCAAGACUGGCAUCACCUUAGCCAAUGGAAAAGAAGGAGAAAUUUCUGUUCCAUACCUCACAUCAGUAACAGCUCUUGUUGUCUGGGUUCCCGCCAGCCCUACUGAAAAGAUAGUGAGGGUCCUGUUUCCUGGAAAUGCACCACAGAACAAAAUUUUUGAGGGCCUUGAAAAGCUGAGGCAUCUUGACUUUUUGCGUUAUCCGGUGGCGACUCAAAAAGACAUAUCGUCUGGAGCUCCCCCUCCAAUCAUUAAACAAACUAAGCUGAAGCCACGCACUGAUAGCAAGGAAAGCCUUAAAUCCUCACCCAAGAUGCAUGCCACCACUAAAGCAAGUAAAAAAGAGGCAAACGAAGACAUUGAAUCAAAGAGUAACUCAGUAAAGGAGAAUAAAGUGGAAAAGAAGCCCCGAAAACUGAAGGAGAGUGUAAAAACUCCCAAACCUGUGAAAGCCCAUACGGACACAAAAGAUACUGUGAAGUUAGAAAAAAAGAAACUAUUGAGAGAAAAGUCACCCAAGAAACAUGACAAAGAUAAGGCAUCCAAAAUGGAAGAAAAGAAAGAUAAAGAAAAGAAAGAGGUUAAAAGAGAAAAGAAGGAAGUAAAGAAGCAGGAAUCUGCUAAGAAAGAUGACAACAAAGAAGCCAAAUUAAAGGAUGAAAAGAAGACAGAGUUGAGGAAAAUCACCAAACCUGAUUUAAAGCCCUUCACUCCUGAGGUCAGGAAGACCCUGAACAAAGCAAAGGUUCAAGUAAAGCCUAAGACUGAGAAAACAAAGGCAGUCAAAGAGCAAGAGAACAGACCUGCUGCUAAACAGGUUUCAAAAGAGAAGCAGGAAAAUGACAGGUCCCUGGUUUCUUCACCAGAAGAUCUUACCAAGGAUUUUGAAGCGCUAAAACAAGAAGAGCUUUCUGAGAGCAAAGUUCUCCCGACACUUCUACAAUCUACAAAUCUUCAAUCUACAACACUUCCUGUCACUAAAGAUGCUCACAUUGACUCCCCUGAUGAAGGAAUCACCACUACUGAUGUGGAGGCUGAAUCACCUCAUGAAGAAAAGCUACCAUUUGGAGCACAGACGAGUAAAUCACCAAUUAAGACCGCAGAGAAAUUUGAGGAUGAAGGUGCUGGAACAGAAGAUGAUUACGAGGAGGACUACAACACUGAAACCACACCAGCCAAAAUUUUAGAUGUUUCAGCAAAGCCAGAUGAGAAGAAAUGGCAGGAGAUUAAGGAGAAAGAAGAGUAUUUCGAAAAGAAAACGAGAAAGAGCGACAGUGAGGAGGAAGAGGAUGUCAUUGAGAAAGCCGAGCUGGAGGAGGCAGAGGAUAUCGUUCGUGAGGACGAGCUAAAACACAAAUCUGAGGAGGCAAAGAAAGACAAGAUUGACAAGGACUGGGAUGUCAAACACAGUGAAUGUAAAACAGUCAAACCUUCUGGUGCAGCCGAACACAUCUCUUUCAUCCAGGAUGAGACCAUUCCCGGAUAUUCCGAGACUGAACAGACCAUUUCUGACGAGGAGAUCCAUGAAGACACGGAAGACAGGAUCCCUCAACUCCGUUAUGAUGUCGGCUCCUACGACAUUUCUGUUCCUGAUGAGCCUGGUUCUUUUGACACCAUCCACGGUGUAAAAGAGAUGAAGCCCCCAACAAUUUCUUUUGGAUCUGAUUUUACGGCAAAGGGAAGCAGCUUGGGCCAAGAGCCAGUUUUAUCAGCUUAUGCCUCUAAUAUAAUUGCGGCACCAUUGGCUGAAGAGGAGCACAUCUCCUCAGCCACUUCCAUUACUGAAUAUGAUAAAUUAUCCUCUUUCGCAACAUCCGUCACUGAGGAUCAGUCUAUUGCGUCUGUGACAGCUCCUCCAACUGAGGAUGCCGGGAAAAGCUCUUUACUUCUGGACACUGUAAACAGUAUACCGUCAUCCAGUCGCACAGAAGGAAAGGAGUAUUUACACUCAGCUGGCACAAUCUCACCUACAUCAUCUUUAGAGGAAGACAAGUGCUUUAAAUCACCUCCAUCCGAAGAGUACCAGCCCAUUGUUCCAGAGGUGGAAACUUCCGGAAAGCCCAUUUCUCAGGCACAUGAAGAGGACGAAGAAGACGAGGAAGAAGAUGAAGACCAGACGCCUAAUGUCGACAUGCCUCUUGGUAAACUGCACGAAGGCUAUGCAUCUGCUGCACUGCAAGACUUGCAGGAGCAAGCUUUUGAUAAGUCCCCCUCUACAAUGGGACCUCCAAUUUCAGUACCUUCACCUGUGCUGUCUCCUGUCUUGCAAGUAAAAGAUGAAAAGAUGUCUACUCUUCCUCAGGAUGAGCCCACAAAAACUGACUCGAAAGUUGAGAAAGAAGCUGAGAAACCUCUAUCUUCUUUACCCUACCCUGGUGUCCUCUCCAGUACGCCAGAAAUAAGUGGUACCUCAGAUCCAGAGGAAAGAUGUCUAAGUCCAGAUGAUAGCACAAUGAGAAUGGCCUCACCUACACAGUCGGGUCCUACCAGCAGCGGCUAUUCUCCUACUGAGGAGAAGGCACAGAAGUCCAUGAUUUUGGAGAAAGAGGACAAACAGGACAAAGAUACCUAUGAAAUUCAAAUGACAACAAAACACACAACAGUACCAUUAACUGAUGCAGAUAGAAAGACGACCUCUGUGAAAAUACUGGAGGAUGAAGGUGACCCUUUCAAUAAGGGCUUCUCUAGCACAAGAGCAACAUUUGAUGAUUCAGGGGAAGAAGACGAAGAAGAGGAAGAGGAGGAGGAGGAAUAUGAUUACAAGAGGGAAGACUUUAAAUCCUGCAGCAAAACGAAAUACAAAGAAGAAAGGGAAAGCACUUUCCUUGAUGAGGAAUACAUUUGUGAGCCACAGUUCCUAAAAGAGGAGAAGCUGAUUGGGAAGGAGAAAGAGGAAGCAGAUAAGGAGCAUAAACCAAAAGUCGUGACCCAGUUGGAAAAAGAACGCAAGCCCCAGAUGGUUGGUUUUGUGGAAGAGGAAGAUGAUAGUGAAACUGAAGAUUGCACUUACUCGAGUGUAAAAGGGCCUCAGGCUACGUUAGAUUCAGUGUCAGUAGGCCAAGGCAAGAAAGACGUGUCAUUCUCAGAGCAGGAUGACACAACAGCGACCUCCAAAGACAGUGAUAAAAGUGUACACUUCAACUUGUAUUCUUUUCCUGAACAUGAGAAGGGCCCUAGAGAUGAGUAUGCACGGGAAGUAAGGCAAGACACACCCUAUGUAGGAAAGAGUUUUACAUAUUCUGAGGUAUAUGACAGUAAAUCCAGUUCUGUGGAUAGUUCAUACUCACCCAAUUUACCAAAGGAGUUUAUGGACAAAUUUGAAGAGAAUGAUAACACUGAGAAGGAAUCUGACCUAAAAGGUACUGAACAUAGUAGCAGUUUAAAGGAAACUAAAGAGAUGUCAGAUUUUGAAGAAUCUCCUCUAAAGGAAUUGUCUUUAUCAUCUACUACACAUAACUCAUCUUCUGUAAGUCACAUUUCAGAAGAAACAACUACAAAGAGCUUGUCUAAGGUUGAACAGGAGACACCUGAAAAACCUUCACAAUCUUUCUCGCCAGAAAGAGAUCCCUUUUCUAUUCAAUUUGAUAAACCUAGUGUCUGUGAAAAGAGAGAGGUCAUUGCCGCACCACCAACCGAUUAUCUAGACAACCUCACUGCUUCUGGCUACUCUGCAAAAAGUAGCUCAAGUCCUGCAGUAGCUCAGUCUUUGAUUGAUGUAAAAGGAGCAGUUGCAAAAGACAUGAAGAUGCUAGCUCAUGGAGAGGAUGAUGAUGAAGAUGAGGAAGAAGAAGAGGAAGAAGAUGAGGAUGAGGAAGAGGAUGAUGAUGAAAUGUAUGCACGACGAGUCAGCGACAGUGACCAGGAGAAGGGUGCCAAAGACAAAUCUGAAAAAGAAUUCAGCCAAUUUGGUGGUGCAGCAGCCUCCAAAAUGCCUCCUGAUUUUAAGGAGGAAAAUAAAGACACUUUACAAGACUAUGGCCAUACCUUGGACAGUUAUGGCAAACCCCCAGCCCCUGCUUCUUUUGAGCCCACUGUGAGCCAUAAAAGCCCUGCUGAGGCUUCUGGCAGCCGUAUGACAGAAUACUCUUCUGGAUAUGAUUAUUCUUAUGACGAGGAGAAGGAUUCUUUCCCAUCCACCAAGUUCAGCGAAGACAAGGCCAAGAAAGACAGCAGCUAUGAUCAGUCUUACUUGCCUUUCUCCACAAAAUCAAGUGAAGAUAAAGUUCUUGAAUUUGAAAAACAAAAAAACCCAGAGGUUUUAGGCAAAAAGCCUGGAGAUUCGGUUUCACCAGGUUUCAAUUAUGCAACUGCAACAGCCACGGCCUACUCCUCUUCCUCCUCCUACAGCCACUCUUCCUCUGCAUCCGCCUCUCUCUCCACCAGCCGCCAGUUUGGAGAUGAGCUGGAGACCCCCGCCAGUGCUGGAUAUGAAUAUUCCUUAUUCAGAGAUGAGCAUUCUCUUGUGAUAGAUUCUCCUAUCUCCAGUUCUGGAGGUCUGGUUAAAGAUGAGUAUUUAGAGGUUUCUGAGAAGCUCACUCCAGCCACCACCACAGCUGAGUCCACCUCAAGCCUUGCAAGGUUUUCUCCACUGUCGCCUUUUGAGGAAAUCAAGCCCUUCCCUCAGCACUCAGUCCCCUCUGUAGAUGAUAAUAAGAGGGAAGAACAUGUCAGCUCUGCCGGUGAUGCUGUGGACAAGGCUCCUCAGGGCGCUUGCUUUUACAAGCCAGAAUGGAGUGACGAGAUGAAUUUGCAGGCUGAAUAUGGUGCUACCGGACCUUACAAUCCCCUGCCUCAGGCCUCUGAGAAGGACUCUAUGCCGUCAGGACUGUUUGGUGCUUCCUUAACUGCUCAUGCUGAUAUCACAGAGAAGCAGUACUAUCAAGACACUGAGAGCAGUGAAGAGGAGGAGGACUACAUGUGCGAAACAGAACAGGAUAAGCUACAGUAUGUAAGAUCGCCGUUCAUGGCCAAAUCAGACAAGAUGGAAAGUCCCUUUUCGUUGACAGAACAACUACCAAUGGUUUCCUCUGCUAGUAAGGUUGGCACUCUUCCAGAUGUGCUUACAUAUACUUCUCCAGUUCCUCAGCCUACAAAGCCAGACACUGCAAACGGUCCUGCAGAAAUCAGCAUGGCACCACCAGACCCUUUCAGUGGAGUCAGCAAGGUACCAUCAAGCCUUUCUAAAUCUGAACUGAAGAGCGAGGAACCCUUUGAAUCCUGCAAAGUUAGAAGCCCAUUCGAAUGGGAAAUGCAGCAGCAAAGAGGCAUCUAUCCAGGUGCUUCACCUCCCCACUAUCGCCAUGAGGACGAGUAUGAAGAGGAAGAGGAGGUGGAACCUGAGCACCCACCUCGUCCUCUUUCACUCGCAUCUGCAGAUCAGUCGUUCCAGUCCUCCUACUACAAAGAAGACCAAGGCAGGCAAGAUGACUCAGAUCAUCCUCCUGACAUUUUCAUGGGUGCAAGCCCCUUCUCCUCAUCAGCUUCCCCAGGCUACUCAUCCUCUGAGUACAAGCAGAGGAAAGGAGACACAUCCCCAUCGUUCAUCAACCCAAGCCUGUGCCAGCUUUCCAGUGACGAGGAGGAUGAGGAAGAGAGAAGCCAGGAUGUUGAUCAGCAGCAGCCAUCAGGCAAGACAAGAUACCACAACCAGCCUCAACAUCAUUCUCACAAGGAGGACAGUGAGUCGCAGCACCUCUCUGGAGCCAUGGCUGCAGGUGUUGGCCUAGCUGGAGACGACACGCCCCCGACCUCUGUCAGCGAAUCACUGCCCUCUCAGACAGAUUCUGACAUUCCACCAGGAACCGAAGAGUGUCCCUCCAUCACAGCCGAAGGAAAUGCAGAAUCUGACGAGGACGCAGAUUACCUCCCUGUCGAUAAGUCGUCCGGAGCCUACGGUGGCAAACAUUACUCCUCCAGGUCUUCAGAAAAAAAUCAUGAUCCACUGCCCUCACCCAUGAUGGAUCCUGCCCCUUACCCCCCUCAUCCUGAUGUGUGUAUGGUAGACCCAGAGGCACUCUCCAGCCUGACUGAUAAACCUCUCAAGAAAGAUCCUAAGAUGAAGGGCCUACGUAAAUCCAAGUCAAAGUCUCCAGCUAGGAAGGCUGAUGCCAGACGUAAAAGAUCCCCAUCCAAGGACUCGUCCCCUCGCACCACCUCUUUAAAGAAGAAGGACAUUGAGGACGAUGUGUCUAGGUCAAGUCACAACACUGGCAGGGGACACGUCAAUGGAAUUAAAAAUACGUCAGUUUCUAACUCUGCAAAAUCCAGUUCCUCUGCACCCGCUGGUCCUCUGAUCUACGUGGACCUGGCCUACAUUCCAAACCACUGCAGUGCUAAAAAUGUAGACCAGGAGUUCUUCAAGCGCGUGCGCUCGGCCUAUUAUGUAGUGAGUGGAAAUGACUCCAGUAACGGCGAGCCCAGCCGUGUGGUCCUGGACGCACUGCUGGAGGGAAAAGCACAGUGGGGGUCUAAUCUGCAGGUGACACUGAUCCCGACCCACGACACUGAAGUGAUGAGAGAAUGGUACCAGCAGACCCACGAGAAGCAGCAGGAGCUGAACAUUAUGGUGCUGGCCAGCAGCAGUACGGUUGUAAUGCAGGACGAAUCUUUCCCCGCCUGCAAGAUUGAGUUCUAACUCUGGCACGGCUCCCGGGUUCACACUUUUACUCAAACGCUCCCUUAUAGCCUUAUUUGUGGGUUAUUCCGUGUACAAGCUGUUAGUCAGCAUUCAGCCCUGUUAAUGUCCUACCUGUCUGUCUGAUUAAAGGUCCCGACUUUAACCAAACCCUAACUUUACUGAGCAUAUUAUGAUAGCAACAGAAAAACACUAACUAGGUGGAAGAUGUGCCUUUAACUUUAACUCCAUUCUUAAAACAGUAUCUCCCUUUAAGCCUGGAUAAGUAAGGAAUACAAUGGCAAUCUUCUUGUUUUGGCCAGUUUGGGUGCAUCUUUACUUUGCUCCACUUCACUAUUCUUGAUUUAACUUAAGCAGUUCGAGUUUAUCAAAGCACAAGCUUACCUUAUCUUUUAAUGAGAUUUAUGCAUAAUUUUUCCCCAAACAGCUUCUGACCUUAAUGUGCAUACAUAAUCACACACAGUUAUAUCACAAUAUUAACACCACCUACCUGCCUAAUCGUGUAACAGUGGGAGUAACCACCAUUGGCUUGGAUGACUUUAGGGAUAUGGAAGGUAUCUGGAGGCACUAGGGUUACCUGGGACACCACUGUAAUGCCUUUGGGAAUUACUUUAGGUACGAGCUCUCAGCUUGGCUCUAGAACAUUUAGAACCCACAAGCAGUUUUCAAGAUGAGUUCUAGUAGGUUAGUGGGUGCUGGGGCAUUAAUACCAUGGAUGUGAGCUCAAUACCCAAGGCUCCUUAACUACCACUGCUGUACCCAAGGGCAAGGAACUUAACCCUCUUUGUUCCAUGGGUGCCUUAGACUGGUUGACACCAGCUUUCUCAGCAGGGAAAUGUAAAACACGUUCAUGGGGCUCAGUGGUUAGAGCACUGGGCUAUUGAUGACAUGGUUGGUUUGCUACCCGAGUUGUACACCACUGCUCCCUGAGUGCUGCAGCACAAUGGCACGUGGCAUCUGCGUGUCACAUCCCAGGCCAAGUUCAUUCAAGUUCAUAUUGGUAAUAAUAUUCUGAUAUGACCACAUAUACAUCUUAUCUCUGUCAUUAAAAAAAACCUUGUAUCCACAAAAUGUUGACUUUACAGAUGAAGGGGUAUUGACAUGAAAAUAUUAUGUUAUUCCAUGUCUUUUCAGAGCAUUUCUAUUGGUUCAUUCAUGAAAUUUGGAUACAAUAUAAAAAAAAUACUACUGCCAGAUUUUUUGAAGUGAUUUUUUAUUAUGUUCAAAAGUCAAAAAUGGAGAUAUAAGGUUUUGGUAUGACAGUGAACAUAGAUAGCCCCCCUGCGUCUCUCUGUCUUUCUCUCACACACGUGCAGUACACAGGCAAUCUUAAUCAAGUACCUAACUUUCAGAGAUACAUCAUCCUCUGACCACUAUCCAGAUUCAUCACACACACUAAUUCUGAGAAUCCUUCUAUAGCACAUACAGUACAGUAUUAUAUAUAUAUAUAUAUAUAUAUAUAUAUAUAUAUAUACAUAUAUAUAUAUAUAUAUAUAUAUAUAUGUAUAUAUAUAUAUAUUGUGAUAUAAAAUCUUUCCAACAUUUUAAUAUAUAUAUAUAUUAUUUACAGCAUCUGUUACUGACUGACAUGCAUUACAUUAAUAGUUAAACUCAUUUUUGAGAGGUUUGUGGGUUCAGUUCAGUUGUGGGCUCUCUGCAGUUUUUCUGUAUCAUUAUCAGAAAUUAUUUUAAAUCGAACAAAAUAAAGAAAUAUAUUAAGAUAUAAAGUUUGGCCCAAUCGUCCAGCCCUACCUCGCUAAAUCAAGUAGGAUCUAAAACAUAUGAUGCGAGAUUUGUCUGAUAUACUGUUUUGUCUUAAUAUAGAAGUGGAGAAUUAGGUUUAUGUGUGCAGCUAGGCUAAGUCGAUGUUCACUGAUGAUAUAAACGUGAUGUAAGAGGUGUACACUAAAAGAGUUAAUCAUUAUUUUUAGAUUUUACAGAAGAGUAAAAAAGUCCUGUAAUCAUUAUUUUGUUACAUUGUAUUUUAAGUGUUGCCCAGUUGCAGACAUGAGAUUUACCUGCACUUUAAUUCAGUUUGAUUUCAUUUCCUUUUUAAAUGCAUUGUAAAUACAGCUCGCAGGAUUCUUCAUUAGAUGGAGUUAAAGGAAAAUAAAGAGCGAGACUGAAGCUGUUUGAGUCAAAGCCAAAGGAAUAAGCAAUAGAGAGACUGAGGAUACUGAGCGUUCUGAUCUGUGGUAUAUUAAAUAGUAUAAACCUGUGUAAGGUGACAUGCAGAGGCCGGGAGUGCACGGAAUUACGACAGUAGAGUUUUAUUGAACUCCGUACAGUUACAGGAUGGGAGUGUGUUUAUAUUGCUGGAAUAAUAAUAAUAAAUAAGCACAUUGUGGCAUUUAACUACAAUCGUACUUUUACUGCCGGUUUACUUUUGGCUUUGGUACAAAAUGAAUACAUCAUUGCUGUUAAGCAAAAAUAAAAAAAAAACAUUUUAAAGCAUUUCUAUCGGUCCAUUCAUCAUGAAAGUUUUAAACAGUGUAAAGAACAACUGCCAAAUCAAAUGUACGUCAAAAAGUAUGUAAAAAAGACGUAAAUUGGCUACUACUAGAAAUAUAAGAUAUGCCAGUUUGAAUGAAGCUUAUUUCCUUUUCCAAAAGACAAAAUAAUAAUAUUUUUUAAAACUGUAGGCCUGUACAGCAUGCGUGCAUGUACUGUACUGUAUAUUACUGCCAAUAAAGAAACAAAGAUUUGGUACCUCACAGUACAGUGUGUUUACAUGAAGUUAAUAACCAGGGAACAGCGGUGAAUACGAUAUCAGUCAGUAAUCACAUGAACACAUUUUAACGCACUUGUGUAAAUAUGUGCUGAGAGAUUUGAUUACUGAGCAAAAUCAAAUCCGGCUCUUUAUUGGAUGAAUUGAUUGAGUUCACACAGAUUUUUACAAACUUUCAAAAAUGACAUACAUUAUAAAAGUGACCCACCUAUAAUAACGAUUCCUUUCACACUGAGUCUGAGGUUGUCGUGACUGCAAAGCUGUUGUCCAGCUGUGGAGCUGUUAACCUCGUUUGUGGAUUACAGAAACAAAAAGGUUUUACAUGAUCAAUUAAAUAAUCAGAUAACCGCAGAAACCUGAUUCUGACUGGAUUAUUGAGUGCAUGUAAACAGUCAUUUUUAUACAUUUAUUUGUUGUUUUGGAUUGGUAAAAAUGACCAUCGUUUUUGUAAAUUCAGAGAACAUAUGGACCAAAAUAAAACAUAACAUGCAAGAUAAAAAGCAACAUCAACAGCAUUGAUAGGUUGAUUAAUUAAUUAAUCAUAUCGUUUAUGAUUGAUUGAAAAGGAAAGGACCACAGAGCACGAGUGGCUCUUCAGUCUGGGGAUCUGGGCGAUCGUUUAUAAGAUGUUUACUGUGUGAAAGAACUUUUGAGCUGCUGAGGAUUUUUAAAGUGCUAACAAGUGAUAACGAUGCUAACAUUAUACUGAACUCAUUGUCCUGAAUGUCCUCACGUCCCCAUAGACUCACUGCUUCAACUUCCAACAGCGCAUUACACUUCUAUACAAAAACACCAACCCAUGUACCUGACUGCCAGAUCAUGUGACCAAAUCACUGAUCACACUUUAUAUCCAUUGUUUAUAUCCCUCUGUUUUCUGAACUGAAGAUAAAAGAUGAAGAGCUGAUCAGUGAGCCGUGCAGAGCGUCCCUCAGUUUUUCACAUCAUACCGUAUUCAGACCAUCCAGAUAUUGCAUUCCGUUGGAGUCUAGCUAGUUUCUGCAUGUGAUCUUAAAUGUUCUAGUUGAAUAACGAUAUUAAACCAAGUGCUAUUUUAAAGAUAUAUAUUUAAAUGCUAAGUGUCUCAAUGGUCUCGAUGGCACAUAUAACCCGGCCGCGCUCUCAUUUUCUCUGUGCGGUGUUUUAAACAUGAACAAACUGUGUACUUUUUUCUUCAGAUUUAUUAGUUUUCUUCUUUUCUAAGUUAUUAUUUGCUCUGUGUUUUCCUCCUUUAUUUUGUGUGCAAUAUUCUGUUCUUUAUUUUGGAUUUCUCUUAAUGUAGAAGAUCUACAGAUUUGUUGUAAAAUGGUAAACCUGGUGAUCACCAUUAAAAUACAGUUGUUGAAAAAUUAUAA